GAGAGAGAGAGGGAUACUGUUAGUAUUAAGAAAAAUUCUUUGUCUGUAUAUUUGAGUUGGUUAUGCCAUGUAUGUGCUUUGGCAACACAAUUAUUUUUAUUGUCAUGCCAAUAAAGCCAAUUUGAAUUGAAUUGAAUUGAAUUGAAUUGAGAGAGAGAGAGAGAGAGAGAGAGAGAGAGAGAGAGAGAGAGAGAGAGAGAGAGAGAGAGAGAGAGAGAGAGAGAGAGAGAGAGAGAUUGUAACCUGUAUGGUCACGCCAUCGUGUACCUGACAACACACUCAAACACAGACAGGUAAGCUGCCUGCCUAUCAUCCAGCAACGCUCCCCACACUAAGGUAGAGGCCGGUGAACGCAGUCGAUACAGAGUGGUAAGGAGUACUACUCACACACACACACACACACGGACGCACUCUCUAAACCACACCAUGGCUGCAUCCUCCGGCUGUGAUCUUCUCUCAGGCUCCAUGCAGCUUGCCAGCAGUGAGAGAGUCCCAGGAGGGGCAGAGCCAGACAGGGAAGGGACUGGGGAGAGAGCUCCCCCUCCUGGACAGGGCUGGAAACUCAUCCUGGAUGCCCAGGUCAACAGGAAAGCUCUGGAGCUGCAGCAGAGGAAAGCCGCUGAGCUGAAGAGGGAGCGGGAGGCAGGGGAAAAACUAGAGAGGCGUGUCGCAGUGGACAUGCUGGCCAGUGAUUGGUUCACUCCAGACAAGCAAACAGCACACACCAGGGCGUACCUGCUUGAGGGGCUGCUGCCUACCCUGCUGCCUGGUCUGGAGAAGCUUCUCACAGAGGCUGGGAACAGACAGCUCCUGGAGGAAAGGACUCCAGGGGGGCAGGCUGGGGCAGAACAGGAGUUUAACCCCAUCAAUUACCUGGCGCAGCACCUGAUGAGGAACCACCCCAAGAUCUGCCCCUCGGACUCCUCCCACCCCUACACCCGGGGGCUGAGGCAGGUGCUGCAGCAGCUCAAGGAAGAGCAGGUGGACUUGGAGGACAACCGGCUGGUCCAGCUGAAGCUGCAGGUUCGAGAGACGCGGGAGGAGCGGGUCCGAGCAGAGAGGGUACGGUCCCAGGUGGGGGAGAUGAGGAAAGAGGCUCUGAGGGCGCAGUUCACGGAGUGGAGCCUGGAGCCAGACCAGAACCUGCAGCUCAGACUGGUUCAGAACGCUCUGAGGGCGUUUUUGGAGAUCUCCAGCCCCGACCUGUCCCCAGAGAGCUCAGUAAGGCUUUGCCCUGCGCUGAGCUCACCCCCCUGGCUGCCUAUCCCUGUCUCCCUGCAGGAGCUGGACUCCACUGACGACGCUCAGCAGACACUGAAGCAGGAGCACUUUGAGGAGUACGUGUUCAGCUUUAUCGCCGGUCUGCCCACGGAUGAUUUCGAGCGGUUCCUGCUGCACCUUUCCCUCUGCGCUCAGGAUCACCGGCAGGAGGAACACAGGGAGCGCUGGAGACGGCCCUUCUCUCAGCUGUUCCAGGACUGCGACUGUGCAAAGACAGGAUUCCUGGACAGACGGAGGGUUCUGUCCACGCUGGAGGGUUUCUAUGAUGGGUGUGACGAGAGUGUGAGAGUCACGCUGCACAACCCCCGGAGCUGGCCAGUUCGGGAUCCAGGCGAGUUGGACUCCACUAUAUUCUGGAACGACCCCUCCGAAGCCAAAGAGAAAGAGGAGGAGCCUGCGGGAGAGACACAGGAACCCUCCCCACCAAUCACAGCCAGCACAGAGACAGAGCCAGCCAAUGGAGAAGAGGGGGCGGGCGAGCCAGGGGCCCCUGCAGGGGAUGAGGGGCGACCCCAGUUGGAGCGGACUGAGAUAGAGGAGACAGACUCCGACGAGUCCGAGGAAGGCGGCCUGGAUCUGACGACUCUGGGUCUAGAGCCUGACCCAGAGAGCUUGGGUUCCCACAGGGGGGUGAGCGCCUUCGACCACAGGGCCACGGACCUGCCUCAGUUCCUGCAGCUGCUGGACACCUUCCUGGGAGAGGCAGCCCCGGAUUACGUUGUGCAGAGCCUGGUGGGGUACCUGCGGGUGGGGUACCGAGAGACGGAGCAGGAGAGGCUCAUGAGGCUGGAGAAGACGCGGAAGGAGGCAGUGUUGGCUCAGCGCCGGCUCGCCCUGGAUGCCUUGUUUGAGAAGUGCGAUAACGAGGGGAGCGGGCUGCUGGAGCGAGGGGAGCUGGAGAGAGAGCUGAGCCGCUACAAGGAGGGAGCCGAGAGAGGGGCCAUCAGCAGAGCGUGGCAGUGCCUGGGCCCCCCGCGCCCCUCUCUCACCCGGGGGGAUUUCCACGUGCUCCUGCAGGCUGUGAUCUCGGAGCUGCCUCCCGAGGGGGGCCAGGAGGGGGGCUUCGACAGGCUGCUGCAGUUCCUGGGGGAGAGCGCCGAGCGGUCCCUGGCUGAGCGCUCCAGGGGGGCCAAGCGCAGGAAGUGGCUGCUCCAGAUUCACCGUGCGGCCCUGACCGGAGGAGCCAGCCUGGAGCCAGUGUACCGAGCCGUGUUCCAGACCCUGCACCGGGACGCAGAGGCUCAUGGGAACAACAAGCUGAUCAGCGCCUCGAUCGCCCUGCUGGAGGGGAACGAGAGGCUGCGGUACACGGCCUGCACUGCUGAGGACGCCCCCUACGUGCUGAACAAGGAACUGACCAGAGACAUGGUGAAGGGAGUGAGAUAACGGCAGAGAGACUCCUGUACUG